AUGAAUCUCAAGCAAAAAGCAAGGGUGAAUUGGCUAAAGGAAGGGGACACAAAUUCUAAAUGUUUUCAUAGCUUAGUCAAAGAAAAUACUAUGAGGAACCGAAUUGAUAAUGGAAAACUCGAGCUAUUUCUAAGAUCACAACCUAUUCCCCAAGAGAACAAUGAGCCUGUAAAGGUGGUGGUUCUUGAUAGCUUGCAAGAUAUGGUUUUCAACUCUAGAAAAGAUGUUUUCCUAGAGUUUUAUGCGCCAUGGUGCGAACACUGCAACAACCUAGCUCCAAUCUUGGAUGAAGUUGCUAUCUUAUAUGAAAAGGACCCUAAUAUCUUGAUUGCAAAAUAUGAUAAAAGUGCAAAUGACAUCCCAAGUGGGGCCUUUGAGGUUCAAGGUUUCCCAAUCAUGUAUUUUAUAAAAAAGAACGGAGAGAUUAUUAAGUAUGAUGGCGGUCGAACAAAAGAAGACCUUAUUAGCUUCAUUGAAGAACACAAAAGUGACAAGAAAAGCAAGAGCGAGGUAGAGUCAAUCAAAUCAAAGGAUGAAUUGUAA